AGCCGUCCAAACACAUCCCAAUGGAAGAUAACAGUUGAAAACUACACAAUAUACCCUAAAGACCCCGAAUUAUUACCCCGAACAUGCGGAGUUGCGCACACGCCGCUCACAGAACCAGGGCUAAGACGUUCUACGAGUAUUGAAACCUACCCUUGGUUAGGUGUGCUGCAUUAUCCUGUCGGCACGGCCAGGGUAACUACAACUGUAGUAUUGAUAUCAAGACGUUUAGUGAUUGGUUCAGCGUUGGAGAUCUACAAGAUGCCAAAGAAUGGCUUCAGGAAGCUUGCAAGGGUGGUGAUUGGGAGAAACUGCAGCGCCCAGGGUUUGCGGGUAGCUGAGUACAACUACCAUCCGGAGUUCAGGAGACGGUCUUACAGCUCCCUGGUGCUCAUUCAGCUGAAUCUGGACGACAACUUCGAUAGGAGAGAGUUACAACCCAUCUGUGGCCCUCCGAAGAAACUCGUCGAAACCCGAUUGUAUGCAAUGAUACUAUCAGAAAAUUGUAAGAAAUCAAAAGUCAGAAUUUAUGAGAUGGAUUAUGUUGUACCCAAGGAAUGUAAAGAAUUUUACAAGAAGGCCGAGCUGGAUAUAGCAACUAUAUGGCCAGUGAACUCAGUAUGUGCCCAGUGCAAGAGAGAAGGCAAGUGUGUUUGGAGGGAUGGAGCAGUGUUGGCUGUCAAACAGAAAGGGGUCUGGCAUCUGAUGGGUUUCGGCGUGAACGGCCCCGGCUGUGGUUCCCCAUCCCGGUUCCUGGACUUCACCAUGUACCAGCGCUGGGUGACGCAGAGUGUGACGAGGACUGCGAUGCCCGCCAUCACUCGUCUCCAUAACAACCACCUCAUUCUUAGGACUUCAAUGAACAUCCAGCGCUUCGGUCUCUGCGACCCUGAGGAGAUGUCGCUCCAGAUCUUCACAGAAACCAAGAUCAUGAAUAGUGCUUAUCACUCGUGGAGUGACGAUAAAACGCCGGAAGUUGUAAGGUACAAUCUAACCCUCUUCACCACUAUAGACUACACAUGUGUGAUAUUGUUGGCAACAUAUCCGAAGACAGUGCAGGCAGACAGACCCAAGAUAGACCUCAAGACAUACUCCUCAGUACCCAAACCUAUAUAUUACAACCAUCCGUCGUACAGACUACAUUUCUACGUCGAGAUACGGUUUAUAGAUUCUGUUAUUUUUAAGGUAACAGCGUAUGGGAGAGAAAGACAGACAUUGGAACACAAGGCUGUCCUGAAGCGGACACCGGAGUACAACCCUCGCCUCAUCGAGCACCCGACUGGUCUGCCGGCUUUGAGGCCAAAUCUAUACGACCCGGAACACGAGAUGUUUGAAGACAUCGACGCUUUUACCAGGACCAAUAAUAUAUUUGCUGAUAAUUUCGAGUUUGUCAAUGAAUCGGUGCCACUUUCAACGGAAGUGCCAGAAAAAAGUACCGACCCACUGCAAGAGGAGGAAACUCCAGCAUCAGACUACGUCCAGAGUCGCUGUGGAGUGCCGACCGUGUCAUACGUACCCUACUUAUCAUAUCGUAUCGAGAUGUUCCCUUGGUUGGGGUUCCUGACCUAUCCACUAGAAAAAAGAAAGCUGUUUAUAACAACUGCUGUUCUGGUGACCAGAUACCUGGUGAUCGCCUCCGCAUCAGAUAUUGAUCAACUGCCAAAAUUGAAGUUCAGAGCUCUAGCCCGUGUGGUUCUGGGCAGGGACUGCAACGGCCCUGGCAUGAGGAUAGUGGACUAUACCUUCCACCCACACUAUGGGAGAGGAUCCUACAGCGCCCUGGCCCUUGUACAGCUCCAUAACCUCGACUACGUUAAAAUGAAUGAUAUCCGCCCCAUAUGUGGACCACCAGCUAAAAUGGAUGAUCUUGAGGCCUACGCUGUUGUUAUGAAUCCUGGUAAAUAUUGCGAGCGGUUGGACGUAAAAUCAAUAUGGCCGCGGUUUACGGUAUGCACUCGCAGCGUCUCCAUGGGCGACUGCAUGUGGAAGGAUGGAUCCAUUCUGGUCGACAAGGAUAACGGGAGGUGGCGAUUGCUAGGUUUCGGAGUCAACGGCCCCGGAUGCGGGAUGCCAUCUCGCUACAUCGACUAUAGCAUCUAUUACAGGUGGAUAGAGUCCACAAUCGAACGCUUCGGAAGACCAGCUUUCACACGAAGGUCUUCCAACCAUAUAAUUUUAAGAAAAACAUAUGGGAUACAACGUUACGGCGUGUGCGACGCCGGGGAAGUCACAGACGAACUUUUCACAGAUGAAACUACAAUAGAUUAUAACUCCUUACGAGACACGAAGCCUGACAUGGUCGAUUAUAACGUAACAAUCUUCACGAACAUAGACUACUCGUGCAUAAUGUUCACUGCGGUCUACUACAGAUCCAUGUUGGUCACGCAGCGGAUGCCGCCCAGGGUAGAGAUCAGGUACUACUGCAUCAAACCCCCGCCCACCUGCUAUGAGACCGGCAUCGAGAAGAUAGACUUCGCCGUCAAGAUCGUGUUCAAGGGGAGACUCAAGUUCAAGAUGGCGGCGUACGGCAGAGAAAGGAAGGUGGUAGAUGUUAAAAGGCUGAUGAAAUAUAUAAACCAAGCGUAUCCACGGUAUAACAUAACAAUGUUACAAUUACAGUAUAGAAAUUAAAAAUUUG